AUGUCUGCCCUCCCACAACAAACCUGGUCCUGGCAGGAAGCGGCUCCUCCUCCCCCUCCCCCUCCUCCCCCUGGCGUCGCUGUCCAGGGGCCUUCCCCUCAUCAUUUCCGCCUGCCUACUGUUCCCCAUGGCGCUCAAGCAAGACCAGUACCAGUAAUCUGCAACCCUCCCUCUCCCCCACGACCAACCGUCUGUGAUGAAUCCGAUGAGGAAGAGGAUGUCGCGGAUAUGGAGGAGACCCCCUCUGAAGGAGAGCCAGAUCAUGAGGGAAGAAGAGCGAACGGCGCUGUGAGGGAGCCCCAACCUGUGAUGAUGAAGGGGGGGAUCCCUCCUCAGGAACCGACACAGGUUAAUGGUAUAAGAAGUCCCCGUACGGUGGCCAUGCAGAAUGAGCAACACCCGCGGACCCCAGAGCCAACCCACAACACCAUCCUUCAAGCCCAUCAGCCCCAAGCCCCUCAGCUGCUCGCUUCCAACCGUCCCAUCCUCACCCUCCGGGGCAGCCAAACCGCAGCUAUUCUCUUCCCCAGCCCACUUGACACUGAGCUCUUUCCCUACCUUGAAAUCUUCCGUUCACCAUCUUCAAACUUUCCCCUCGCCGACUUCUAUUCCUAUCUGCAAGUCGAAUACUUUCUGGCCGCAGACCCUUCCCGGCCCGCAUCUCGUCCUUCGAUACCGGGCCUAACGCUUGCUGGCUUUGUGCGGUUUCUCACAAUCGCCAUGCAAGCUUAUCCUGAAGACGAAUUUCUCCGUCUCAACAAAAUCGUGUCGUCCCUGCCAAUCAUGGUUGAGAACGCGCUUGACAAAAGGAAGGAACGAAUCCCGAAGUCUGUGCCAAGACGCUUGCUGCCUUCUAUGGGUGAUGAAAGGGUUCGUGAACUGUGGAACUGAGAGAGUGAGGGGUACGAGGUUGGCCAGGGGGAAGAGGGAGAGGUCGAGGUCCCGAUCCCGCUCACAGGAAAGGGAAAGGAGGGGCAGCGCGAGUGUGACUCCUUCAACAAACAGCAGCAGUGCUGCGUCAUCAGCAUCGCGAGACCGUUCGACGUACCAAAGCAACGGCUCCGCAAGACGAGAUCCCCUUUCCCAGGAUGUCGCACGACAACGUCUUCAUCCAUCAACAUCACCCCCCAGCCCUAUGGCAUCCUCCCCACGAACAGUGCCAUCAACUUCCGAACGGGACCGGUGCUCCGCUGGACCUCCCCAAGGAACAGGCCCAAAGCCUAUCCUCAGACAAUCUCCACGAAAACCAGCUUCACCAAAUGAGCAGCACGCGAGUCAACCGGGAUCGAGAUCGUGAAAAUGAACGCAGAGAGCGAGAUCGCCUCGAGCGCGAAAGGGAACGAGAUCGAGAGCGUGAGAGAAGAGACCGAGAACAAGAAAGUGCCCGAGCCCGGGAACGAGAGAGAUCUCGUCGCCGCUCAAGCUCUUGCUCCCGAUCCUGCUCUUGCUCUCGAUCCUGCUCCCGAUCCUGCUCCCGCGAAAAAAGAGAAAAAGACCGUCGGACCCGAACACAGUCCCGUCCCUCUUCAUUCAAAGGGGAGCCGGAGCUAG